AUGGAUGGAACAAAUCACUCUGUGGUAUCAGAGUUUGUGUUCAUGGGACUCUCCAGUUCCUGGGAGAUACAAGUUAUCCUCUUUGUGUUCUCCUCCAUGCUUUAUGUAGCAAGCUUGAUGGGAAACUCCCUCAUUAUGCUCACUGUGAAUUCGGAUCCACACUUACACUCACCCAUGUACUUCCUUUUGGCCAAUCUCUCCUUCAUUGACCUGGGUGGUUCUUCUAUUGCUUCUCCCAAGAUGAUUUAUGACCUUUUCAGAAAACGCAAAGUCAUCUCCUUUGGUGGCUGCAUUGCUCAGAUCUUUUUCAUCCAUGUCAUUGGUGGUGUGGAGAUGGUGCUGCUCAUAGUCAUGGCCUUUGACAGAUAUGUGGCCAUUUGUAAGCCUCUCCACUACCUGACCAUCAUGAGCCCACGAAUGUGCAUCUUCUUUUUAGUGUCAGCCUGGAUGAUUGGCCUUAUACACUCUGUGGUUCAAUUGGCUUUUGUAGUAAACUUACCUUUCUGUGGCCCCAAUAUGUUGGACAGCUUUUACUGUGACCUUCCUCAGGUAAUCAAACUGGCCUGCACAGACACCUACAGACUGGAGUUCAUGGUCAUGGCCAACAGUGGAUUCAUCUCUGUGGGUUCCUUCUUCAUACUGAUCAUUUCCUAUAUCAUCAUCCUUCUCACUGUUCAGAAACAUUCUUCAGCUGGUUUAUCGAAGGCCCUGUCCACACUUUCAGCUCAUGUCACUGUGGUAGUUUUGUUCUUUGGUCCUUUGAUAUUCUUCUAUACAUGGCCAUCUUCGUCCACACACCUGCAUAAAUUUCUGGCCAUCUUUGAUGGAGUUCUCACUCCUUUCCUGAAUCCUGUCAUUUACACAUUCAGGAAUCAGGAGAUGCAGGUGGCAAUGCAGAGAGUACUCAGACAGCUAGUGAGUUACGGGAAGAUCUCUUAAGUGAUUGACAUUAUUGUGAAGAGCCCAUUCAGUAUUGAAAUUCUUAUGUUGAUGGCCAAACUCAUACAGAAGCUUCUUUUGCCCUACAUUAGCUUGAUUAUUUUGAUACUGCCAUCAAGUCUUUUGCUUCUUUCACUUAGGAGUGAGUGACAUUUUCUUCUGAAAAGAGAG